CAAACGUCUGCCUCCGGAAAAAAAUAUGUUGAUGCGUGAAUGAAAACCACAUGGUGUUUGUUUACUUCCGGUUUGGGUCAUCAUCGUAUACAACUUGUUGGCAAGAUGGACGCGAUCUUGCAAAUGAACGAGGACGAAACCUUUCGUGAUUUUUUGCAAGAUGAUUUUGAUGUGAAGGCACAUACGAACCAUGUUAUGCAGACGAUGGCGAUAUCUGACCAGCUUUCCAAGCUGGCUGAAGGCAUUAGUUUACUAGAUAAAGAGUUACAUUCACAGGUUGCUGCACAUCACAGUGACUUGCUUUCCCAGGCCACUGGAAUUGAGACCCUGGAUGGGGUGCUGCAGAUGAUGCAUACAAGGAUACAAGCUCUGCAGGCUGCAGUUGAUAGGAUAAAGAGCAAGCUUGUGGAGCCGUACAACAAGGUUGUCGCUCGUACUGCUCAACUCCGAAGACUGCAGGAGACAUGUGACUUGUUGCGUCGUAUUAUCCGUAUUUUAUAUCUCAGUAAGCGUCUGCAUGGGCAACUUCAGGGAGGAGCAAGGGAGAUUACAAAGGCAGCUCAGAGCCUAAAUGAAUUAGAUUACCUGUACCAUGGCAUUGAUCUUAGUGGCAUUGAAGUCAUUGAAGAGGACACACUGUUUAUAAAGAAGGCAAGGAAGAAUGUGGAUAGCCAGGCUCAGAGGAUGUUGGAACAAGGCAUGGAAACCCACAAUCAAACACAAGUUGCAACAGCUUUGCAGGUGUUUCACAAUCUGGGCUGUUUGAAAGAAACUGUAAAUAAAGUUGUAGAAGGGUGCAAAGAAACAUUGCAGAAAAAUAUUCAAGAUGCAUUGAAUGUUAAAUCAACACAAUCACAGACAAAAUCUGGUCCAGGGCGUGCAUCAAUGCCCUUGCCUGGCAACACGGCAGCUUUCAGAGCAACCUUGUGGACCAACUUGGAGAAACUGAUGGAUCAGAUUUACUCAGCCUGUGGACAGGUGCAACAUCUACAGAAGGUGUUAAGUAAGAAAAGAGACCCUGUCACCCAUAUAUGCUUCAUUGAGGAAUUACAAAAAGAUAACCAGGCCAGCAUCCUGCAAUCAUUUUGGGAAUCAGGGACAAGUAUUCUACAGAGAGAAUUUUCAGUUGCUGCAGAAAACUCAACGUUUAUACGACAAGCCUUUGAAGGUGAAUACCCUAAGCUGCUACGCCUAUAUAAUGAGUUAUGGAAACGUCUACAGCAAUACAGUUCAAAUCUUGUCACGCCAGCCUCAGAUGUGAUAGUAGAUGUGAAGGACAAAGGCAUGUUUGAGCAGAUGAAGGAUAGUGAUUACAGUCCAGAGAAAGCAUUUAAAUCUUCCAUCAAGGCUUUUGAGAAUGCCUAUCUGUCAAGGUCCCUAUCUAGGCUCUUUGAUCCUAUCAACUUAGUAUUUCCUACCGGUGGGACAACACCGCCCUCACAGGAUGAAGUCAAUGGUAUUGCAAAGACAAUUGCAAGUGAGUUAUCGGUUGCUAGUGUUGAUCAUGGUUUAAGCAUAGUGGUUGCUAGGAAUGUGGCAAAGACUGUUCAGUUAUUUGCUGCCAAAAGUGAACAGUUGCUUUCAACUGAUGGUGAAGCCAGCCAGGUGAUAGCACCCCCAUCAUCUGGUCAACAGCGCAAUGUUGCUGUUGUGAAUAGUCUAUAUAACUUCCAUCAACUGAUCUGUAGUCAGGUCAACAGUAUGGUCAACUGUCCUGAACAAGCUGUGUCAGCUAUCCAAUCAGCUCUACUUGAUAUUGUAUCGUUAAUGGCCAAUGCUAUCAAACCAUUACUAAACUCAGUACUAGACUCCAUUGAAGCCAUCAUUCUCACCAUGCACAGUGAAGACUUCAAAAGUGGUGCAAAGGAGUCUCCCGAGAACCCUUGCUCGCUCUACAUGAAGGAACUGCAGGGGUUCAUAGCAAGGGUCCAAGCAGAGUAUCUAACACCAUUCGAAUGUACAGACUUUGUCAUACAGACUGUUCAUCCAAUUGCUUGUCAAGCUGUUGAACUGUUUGUGCGUCAUGCUUCACUGAUUCGACCUCUGGGGGACGGUGGUAAAAUGCGACUUGCUGGUGAUUUUGCUCAGAUGGAGUUGGCAGUGACACCACUCUGUAAGCGAGUGUCUGACUUAGGCAAGCCUUAUAAAUUGCUGCGUUCAUUCAGGCCACUGUUGUUCCAGACAUCAGAACACAUCGCUAACAGUCCAGCAUUAGGAGACAUUAUCCCACACUCAACGGCACUCCACUUCCUCUUUGCAAGGGCGCCAUCAGAAAUGAAAUCACCUCAUGAGCUUGCUGGUUGGUCUGUGUCACGGUAUUCCCAAUGGCUUGAUGAACAUACGUCAGAGAAGGAGCGCCUUGCUUUGCUAAGAGGUACAUUGGAGGCAUACGUGCAAGCAGUACGGUCCAGGCAAGGCAAGGAGUUCGCACCGACAUAUCCCAUAAUGCUUGAUAUUCUUCAAAAGGGAUCGCAGCAUAUAGGGAUGUAAUACCUUACCAGCCUUAUCAAUGGCUGAUCUGGGAACGUCUGUCCCCCCCCCCCUCAACCAUUAAAAUUGCAAGUUUUCUUCAAGAAAUUAUAAAAUAUUAUUAAAAAAAAUUUCUAAUACACACCAGGUCAUAUUUGUAUAAGCAUCGUUUUAACUUCUUCACCCCCACACUAUAUAUUCCUACAUAAUAGGAAAAUUCAGCAGAUAAUUUUGAUUGUCAUAUUACCAAGAAAAAAUUGAAUCAAUCAUUUCAGUUUUUUCAUUUGAACUUUUAUUUAAAAACAUUUUAUCUGUAGACUUAACAUUGCCUUCAUUAAUGAAGGCAUUUUCUUUGCGAAUUUUCAGCUUCAAUCAUUUAUAAAUGUAAUUGUUGCAUCUUGAAUAUUUUUUUUACUAAUGCUUAUAUCAUAUUUCAUCCAGGAAUGUACUAUAUUAUUCAAAUACUAUUGUAAAGUGUAGAUAUUUAAUAUUACUGUAUUAAUAUUAAUUUUAUUCAUUUAUUUUAUAAAAUAAUUAACUGGUGAAAAUAUAAUGGCUAAAAGUGGCAGCUCGAUACAAAGCAGCUGACAGUGUUUAUCUGAAACCAGCAAGUAUGUUUGACUAUGUAAAAUAUUUUCAGAGUUCAAAAGUUGUGAAGUCAUUUCUGGGGGAUCUGUAACUAACUUUCAUAGCACAUCUAAUUUUGUUUUGCUGCUUAUGGUGGUGCGAGACAAAUGAUAAUAAAGGGGUAAUACAGUAGUAAAAACAAGCAGAUUUAAUUUAUUUGCGGAAAAAAUCUUUUUCCUGGGGGAGUGGAAGGCCUGGGAAAACCCUGUAUUUUUUAAAACUGGGGUUCAAAAAACAACUUCUGGAUGAACAAGCUGGUAUAGAAUAAAUUGAUGUGAAUCUUUGAGAAAUCAUUUAGUUGAUUUCUCAAAGGUGGAAUACUGAAUAUUGAAGAAAGUUCAACAUUUUCAAAACUACAAACUACAAGUUUCAAUUUUGUUGUAUUUGUUCUGGUGUGUAUUCUAUAAAAUAAGUAUAAAUAAAUAAACAAUCAAUCACUGCCCUUGAAUGGUGAUGUACCAUGAAA